UUUAUCAGAGGUUUUGUUUCUUCUGCAGGAGACAACUAUACUUUUCAGUCCAGCUUCAAGAGGCCGGAUCCAUCUCCUGAUAUAUAUUGAUUUUGCUGAGGUCUCUUGAAAAACUUUUCAUUAUCUCGACCGAAAGGAUAUCUCAAGUCGGUGUUUCAGAAUUCCACAAACUUUGGUUUCAGGAAUUCACGUUUUUUAUGGUCUGCGAGAUUUAGUUGUACCUUGGCAGCCUUCGUGUCUGCUGGUGAGGCGUAUUUCGUUGGAUGAGGUUUCUCGCAUUCAGUUUUGUGAAGCUUGUUGACCUAUCCGCGGUGCUGGAAUUCAAGCCAGUGAUGGAGCUGGGCUUACCGAUGAGAAAUCAAGUAUCUCAAUGUUGUUCAAAUCCAUGGAGAUGAUCGAAGCAGAUUUGCGCAAAUGGGAGAUCUGUGGAACCUCUGGCAUCAGCUGGUAUUGCUUGCACACGUCAAUCUGCCGUGAAAUUUGACGAAUGUACCCGUCCUGCCUGCUAUGGUAACACAAGACUGCGAUUAUCUGCAAUCUCGUCUGAGGCGUCCAAUUUGAGACAGUUAGAUUGCCAGCAAACAUGUCAAUGCGUAAUCAAAUUUCCUCUGCACGCCGUGUCUGUCGAGGGCCCCUCCAAAAGUACCUGGUGAAGCAAGUCUCAGUAGCAGAUGUUGCAAGCUCAUCAGGAAGCAUUCCGAGCUGUAGGUCGGAUGGCCCCAGAAGUCUAGUCGAUGAUUGUCAAACCACAGGCAUUCCGCCUGCGGACAGCUCUGUUAAGCAGGGAGGGUUGCCUGGAAUCCGCAUUUUGAGUUAUAAUCGUGUCCUAGGGCGAAAUUUCACGGCAGGAAUCGUGGUGGAGUCGGAUACCGGAGACUUAGAAGCAAGAAAAUCGAAUGAAACGCUGAUUAGGUCAGCAGGUAGAAACAGAAACCCAGGAAAAUUCUUGGAUUGCUUUAAUUCGAGCAAAUGGAAUCCGAGCAAGUGUCGUGGGUUUCAGCGGACGUCGACGAGAGGAAUUUCUUGCUCUUCCUGGAAGGAAGGGAGCAGCGGGCCUGCCGAAUCAGUUGGGACGGAUGCUUAUGCCAUUACAGAACUUGCCCUAGAUUCAGUGGUCAAAAUUUUUACCAUGGCAAGCAGCCCAAACUACUUCCUGCCCUGGCAAAAUAAACCUCAGCGAGAAAUAACCGGUUCUGGCUUCGUCAUUUCUGGGAGGCGAAUUGUUACAAAUGCUCAUGUUGUGGCGGAUCAGACUUACGUGGUCGUACGCAAGCAUGGUUCUCCUACCAAGUACCGUGCAGAGGUUCAAGCUGUUGGGCACGAGUGUGAUUUGGCCUUACUGAGAAUACAUGACGAGGAGUUCUGGGAGGGCAUGCGCACACUUCAAUUGGGAGACAUUCCAUAUCUACAAGAAUCGGUGGCUGUGGUCGGGUACCCUCAAGGUGGCGACAAUAUAUCUGUGACCGGAGGUGUAGUUUCGAGAGUGGAGCCAACACAGUAUGUGCAUGGUGCCGCACACUUGAUGGCCAUUCAAAUAGAUGCCGCUAUCAACCCUGGAAACAGUGGGGGCCCAGCACUUAUGGAAGACAAAGUUGUUGGUGUAGCCUUUCAAAACCUUGCUGGGGCUGAAAACAUUGGGUACAUCAUUCCUGUGCCCAUCAUCAACCACUUUUUGGAGGACGUAGAGGAAAGAAAUAAGUACAUCGGGUUUUGCUCCUUGGGUCUGACCUGUCAGGCCACAGAAAACGCGCAGCUCCGAGAACAUCUCAAGAUGCCGUCUGGGCUUACAGGUGUUCUGGUUAACAAGAUUCAGAAACUUACGGACACGAAUCAAUGGAUUAAGAAGGACGAUGUACUUCUGGCAUUUGAUGGAGUACCAAUUGCAAAUGACGGCACGGUUCAUUUUCGCAACAGAGAACGAAUCUCCUUUGAUCACCUAGUAUCAAUGAAGAAAGCUGGAGAGACAGCCAAAUUAACUGUAAUGAGGGACGGCCGAGCGAUAGAUGUUGAUGUAAAACUCGCACCAUUACGCCCCCUUGUACCUAUACAUCAAUUUGAUCGUCUUCCAAGCUACUACAUAUUUGCUGGGUUGGUUUUUACUCCUCUUACCCAGCCCUACCUUCAUGAGUAUGGUGAUGAUUGGUACAAUACGUCACCCCGACGACUUUGUGAUAGAGCUCUUACAGCGACUCUCAACAAGCCUGGGGAACAGCUCGUUAUACUUUCUCAGGUACUUAUGGAUGAGAUCAAUGCAGGAUAUGAACGUCUGGCUGAACUUCAGGUACUCAAAGUAAAUGGUGUGGAAGUGCAUAAUUUGAGGCAUCUUACAGAGUUGGUUGAAGCCUGUAAGAUGUCAAGCCUUAGAUUUGACCUGGAUGAUGGUCGAGUUGUGGUUUUGAACUUCGAAGAUGCAAAGGAAGCUUCUCUCAGGAUUUUGCAACGACAUAGAAUACCUUCUCACAUUUCACUAGAUCUUCUCCAACCUCCAAGUCCUGAUCAGCUUGAAGAAUGGGAAACCCCUCAAAAGGUAGACACUCCAGAAGAAAGAGAACCUAUCGCUGAGCAUAUUACAUCUGUACCGGUUUGAGUCAACAAUUCUUAUUAACAGUUCAAUAGGGCACUGAAACAAAAGUUUUCCAUCGAUCUUUUAAAGUUCUUUCGCAAUUUUGGAAAUCAGGAUCUGUGUGUUUGAAGUAAGAUCACAUGUCUCUGCUUAGUCAUAGGUAGUUGGGAGGUUGGCUUCCGGAGGCAUGGCUUUCAGACUCUACAUUUACAUUUGAUAUCUGUAGGUUUCUCCCGCGGGAAUUAGUCAAGCCAAGUGGCUACGGCCAUUGUUAUCAUUGAGACUAGAACAAAGCUUCUGACCUAUAAGGGACGUAUGGAUCAAGAGAAUACAGAACUCAUGACUGAACAUGUAUGAUUACUCUUACAGAUAAUUUUGCAAUGGCAAUGG